AUGUCGAAAGAAGAACGUUCAAAGCUGAAACACCCAAAUUACUGGGAUCGAGAACCUAACACUUGGGGAAGCAUAAAAGAUUGGGACUUUUACUUGCUUAAAAACCUAGACUCGUCACAGGUUAAUAAACGUAUUUCUCACUCAGCCUUGGGUGAUGAGCUAAGAUGCUUGAAGCAGAUGUAUGAUGAAAACCAUCCUAUUUAUAAGACGAAAAGUGAUAGUAAAAUUUGGAAGAAGAAGGAACAAAUCUCAUCUUUACUUUUGGAGGCUGAUGUGGUUGAUCUGGAAUUGGAAAUCGCCCAGAAAAGGGGAAGACAUGAUGUUCAUCAAAUAGCAAGACGAGGAUAUAAAAAAUAUUCAGACAUAGAAUUUGGUCUAGAGGAGAGGGUGCAGAAGAAGAUCAAACCAAAUGAAAAUAAUGAAGAGGAGGAACCCAUUUCAAGUGAUGUCUCACUUGAUUUGCAGUCUCAGGCUCAACAACGAACUCCUGAACGCCAGUUCAGUCCAUUAACUGUGCCUGAGAUUGCCAAUGAUGAACCUCAGCCGAUCUGUUGGGAGUUCGAUGAACCAAUGCCAACCUGGCUAGAGAAAGUAGUAAGACGACAAGAGUUUUUGACCUCACAAACGGAUCCGUCUGACAGAUAUGAAUCGUCACUAAACCCGAUCUGGUGGCGAAUAAUAGAUGCCUCGGAUCUAAAAAGUACAUCAGAUUUUCUGACUGAAGCGGACAUGUCGGAUCUGGUCGCCGUAUUUGCAUCUGCCCUUAAUGUAGGCCAUCCCACUGAAGAUUGGACCACACUGGAACCUUCAGUUGAGAGAUGUUUACAGGCUCUUGCUAAGCUUGAUAACGAUCACCUCAGUAAGGUUGGAAAAAUAGUGGCACUCGAAGGAUUUCAUGGAGCUAUCCUUGAAAUUCAGAAAAUGGUGAAGAACGUUGAGACAUCAAGCUUGAGCGUUUCUUUAUUUGACGAUGAAGAUACGAAUGAUAAAGUAAAGCCAACAUCUUCUAUCGAGGAAGAAGACUACUUGAACCCUGAUGUGCAAUUUAUUUUGGACCUGAUUCGAUUUACCGGGGAGAUGGUAUCAAGGGCCUCUCGAGAUCGUCGAGCUGGAGCAAUGGAUGCCCCAGAAACAGCAGAAGGCUAUCAUUUGGACUGGAUGUUUACGAAACAUGAUCUAGCAAAAGAUUUGCCGUAUGGUCGCGAAUUUUCACUUUGCGAGCGCACCGGCUCUAGAAUUGAAAACGAAAGAAAGAUCCUUUCGAAUACCUUAAAGGCUCAGAAGACGUUAAGAGAUAUGCAUAGAACUCUAGUUGAAGCUAUAUCAGUUGAAGGCGGAGGAAUGCUGUCAAAACAAGUAUUGAGAGCUACCACCAAGCUUCUUAUGCCUGGAUUCUUAUCUCAUUGUUUUUUUAUUCGCGCCUUCCUAGUUGUUUAUAUAGGAGGUGGAUUUUAUUCAUCAAUAAUUUUGGCGGACUUUGAUAUUCCAUCGACAUAUUCGGAACUUGGGUCUAUCAUUAAGGUUUCGCGCAUUAUGCUUCGGGUUAAGGUUGGUAACAAUCCAAAAACCAGUAUUUAA